AUGACAGAACGCAAAAAGGGGUUAUUUCAGGGAGAAAUAGCACCACAACCGGAGUCCCUGACUAAGCACCGUCGGCUUCCUGUUGUUGACAGUGAGAGUGACAGUGAUGAAUAUGACCUUGGUAUCAUCAGCACACUUGAUUCAAGUUCUGGAGAGGAAACUGAUCAAAACACACCUAAAACUCCAGAGAGAUCUCUAUGGCAUAAAACUCGAAGCAUUACAAAAAAAUUCAAAGAAACUAAUGAUUUAAAGAAUUUCAUGAAGUCACCAUUUACACUUAAGAAGUAUCAAACAAGAUACUCAUGCCCUGAGUCAAAAUGCGGCGGUUCGGCUUCUACACCAGCAACACCGCAUUUUCGCAACCAACCUGUAACACCGUCGUCCACUCACUCCUGUGCCAGUGUGCACACCACAUCAUCCACUUCAAGCAAAGCUCGAAAGAGCUUAGCUAGUCUUAUAGCAGACACUGAAAGUUGCAGUAGCUCUUUGAAAGAUCUUAAUUUUUACUCAGAUUCAGCAACAGAUUCUAAAGAAAAUACGCCCACUAAAAAUACACAAAGGUCAGAAAGGAAACAAAAGUCAACACCAAAACUACAAAGCUUUAAAGGAGUCCUACUUGAACAGAAGAAAAAUAUUUCUCCGAUGAAAAAUGCUGUGGUUUGUCUUACAAAAAUGGAUAUGACAAAUCUAAUAUCUCCAACGCAGAUGCUCAAAACUCCACAUAACACAUCUGAAACAAAAGCAUCUCCACCAAAAUUAAGUCACAAUAGACGCUGUGUAGUUGAAGUGGAAGAAAGCCCUGAAUCUGCUUGUGAUAGUGAGAAAAGCCACAAAAGGUUACAUUAUGAUAGCAUGACUGAUGGUGGCCCAAACACCAAGUGUCCCAGAUUGGAGACAAGCUCUGCCCCUAAAGCUCGCUUAUCAUUAUUCAAUAGUGACAGACUCAAAGAAAUACUGUCUACAAAGUCAUUCUAUGGUAAAACAAACCCAGAACUGAACGUAAGCAUUACAAGUAAAAUAUCUAAUGCUAUUGAAGCAACUAACGCACAUCCUCGGCGGCCAUUUGCUCAUUCCCACUCGAACCGUCGCAAGAGAAAACCUGGACAGAUAAACUUAGGCGUAAAACAUAAGAUUCGUAAACCAAAAUACCACAAGACAGCAGUCAGCGUAAAAUUAAAUACUUCUCUUACUGAUACAAUUACAGGUACUUUAAAUAAAAGCACCACAUCUAACACAACUAUGAAUGACACCUCCAUGUUUAAUUCAUCACCAGAAUUAGUGCAAGACAAAACAGACCCAUUCGUAGAAGAAAGACAAACCAUAGAAAACCUUUUAAGCCAAUGGACAGAAGAGGAAGUUCCAGAAUCUGAGUUGAGUUUCAAACCAAAGGAAGAGGUUCCAUGCUUCAAUAAGACAAUAAUAGAGGAGACCAGUCAGAUAUUUCAACCAGUUACUGCAAUACCAGUUGAAAGCGUAGCUCUUCCACAAGACUCUGAUGCAAUUAUUGUGGAGUUAGGAGCUGAAAAGCAUGAUAACACAAAUAAGGUGACCUCUGUGGUUACUGUUCCUCAAGAUGUGGUGAUGGUUGACUCAGAUACAGCAGGGGUCAGUCAAGAGGAAGCGCAAAAAACUGAAGAAUUUCUGCCAGUAGAGGGAGGAUUUAUUGUUGUGGAAGAUGAUAAUGUGCAAGUACAAGAAGAGUUGCCAGACCUGGACGAAAUUGAACGGGAACUGAAGAUGCUGGAUGAGCAGAUACUCCAAAUGGCGCAGUCCAACAACAUCAACGCGGAAGCUGUGCUCGCGUCUACAGAAACCGAUAUCCCUGUUAGUCCUGUUUUAACUACAAAGGAGGGUAAUAGGGAAAUGACAAAACUGAAACUAACGCCACUGAAACUGUUCCCAAUAUUUAACCGACCUAAUCCUGGUAUGUCGACUUCACCAAAAGGUCCAGAAAAGAGUAGAAAGUCUAUCUUAAAAUCCAUAAACAACCAAUAUGUGAUCGAUGCUGGACAAAAGAGAUUCGGAGCGACGCAAUGCAACGAGUGUGGAGUUAUUUAUCAGAUUGGAGAUCCUCAAGAUGAGCAUGCUCAUUUAGUUCACCACAAUGCUACUGAUGUUCUCAAGUUUAAUGGUUGUAAAGAAGAGUGUGUGGUGGACCGUGGAGAAAACUGGCGCUGCGUGCGAGUUCGUGGCGGCGAGGCGGGCUGGCGGCGCGUGGAGCCGGUGCUGGCACGAGUCGUGCACGCGCCGCUCGGCUACGAGGCCGCACUGCCGCGCGCGCUGCACCUCUACACGGCAUACUUAUACAUAGAAAAGAAACAGAUUGUGGGGUGCUUGGUUGUGGAGCCUAAGCUUAGGGCGUACAAGUUAAUACCAGGCGAACCAGAUUGUUGCAGCGUGGAGGAUUAUCCAGUUAAGUGCGGUGUAUCACGAAUCUGGACACACUCGAACUACCGUCGUCGCGGUAUCGCUUCUCAUCUGCUGGAUUGUGCUAGGGCUACGUUCCUACACGGAGAAGCGCUAAGGACUUCCGACGUAGCCUUCAGCGCCCCCACAGCGGCCGGGAAAGCCUUCGCCACUAAAUACACCGGGACAAAUAAUUUCUUUGUCUAUGUUGACUAG